ACCGUGGGUUCUGGUCGUCUCGCGCCACCUACACACUUCCGGGCCCAAAGGAGCGGGUCACCUGUCAGCGCCGACCGAGCCUUGCAGAUCGGACCGUGUCCUGGUCCUAAGUAAGGAUGGAGCGACUUCUCCUCCCCCUCGUAGCUGUUUUGAAGGCCGCAGGCGCUACUCCCGGACCCUGAUGAAUAAAAUAAACCAGACAUAAUUAAUCUCUGGAAAGAUUAUUUAUACCCUGGCAUUUGAAAUGCUUUAUAUUUAGAAGAGCAGUAAAAAUGGAAAAAGAGAAAGUAAAGGAUGAUAAAAAACCAGACCCAGAAAAUUCCCUGGACUUCUCUGAACAUUUUAACCAACUUGAAUUGUUGGAAACACAUGGACACCUUAUUCCCACUGGUACCCAAAGUCUCUGGGUAGGCAAUUCUGAUGAAGACGAGGAGCAAGAUGAAAAAACCGAAGAGUGGUAUCAGUUACAAGAAAAGAAAAUGGAAAAAGAUCCAAGCAAAUUGCUUCUUUGGGCUGCUGAAAGAAAUCGGCUUACUACAGUGCAGAGACUACUUUCUGAGAAGGCUGCUCAUGUGAACACUAGAGAUGAAGACGAGUACACCCCUCUUCAUCGAGCAGCUUACAGUGGACACUUAGAUAUUGUCCGAGAGCUGAUCGCACAAGGGGCUGAUGUUCGUGCAGUGACUGUGGAUGGCUGGACACCCCUGCACAGCGCCUGCAAGUGGAAUAAUACCAGAGUGGCCUCCUUCUUACUUCAGCACGAUGCAGAUAUCAAUGCCCAAACGAAAGGCCUCCUGACCCCCCUACAUCUUGCUGCUGGGAACAGAGACAGCAAAGAUACCCUAGAACUCCUUCUGAUGAACCGCUACAUCAAGCCAGGGCUGAGAAACAACUUGGAAGAAACUGCAUUUGAUAUCGCCAGGAGGACAAGUAUCUACCACUACCUCUUUGAGAUUGCGGAAGGCUGCACAAAUUCUUCCCCUCCGUGUUAACGGUUCUCAUAAUUUUCAUAAGUUUCUAAGAACCAGUGCCUCCUUUGUGUGAGAUGUAAAAUAUUCCAGUGAUACAAAAUUGACUUCAGAAGUCUUACUACCAAAUUCAGUGAUUCUCAUUAUGAUGUCCUUCCAAGUCAAUUGUCUGACCUUAAUGUCAGAUUCAUUUGAAAGUUGUUUGGAUAUAUCUUUAAUGAUUUCUGUGGAGUCUGUGAUUUUUAUCAGAAAUAAUUUUAACUUACCUAUACUUAAAAAUAUGACACAGGUUGUAAAGAAAACUAAAGAGUUUUUUGGUGCUGAUCCAAGAGAAUUGUAUUUUAAGUAUCCUACAUCUUGGAUCUUUGCUUAGUAUUUAGUAUAUUGACAUGUACUUUUAUACUUGAGCUAAAUCUUUAUUAAAUUUCCCUUUUCUGAACUCCCCUUUUUUUCCAGGUGAGGCAACUCAGAAUUUAAAACUCUUAAAUAUACUGGUGCAGUUCAUCUGCCUUUUCUAUAUUAACAUAGCCAGAUGCUUUCAUUUUAAACCAGAAGGACUAUCUUAUUAGUGACUUUAAUUACUUUAUAUGUUAGAAGAAUAUAAAAAAACCUAGAUAGCCUUGUCUUUUAGAACAUAGAGCAUUUUCAGGAAAGCAUUAGCCCAUGAAUGUGUAACACUGCCUGCCCUACAAUAAUUCACAUGAUCCUGUGGACAGUCCUACCUCACCCAGGUGAACCCACAUGAUCCUCACUCCACUGUCGAGUCAGUAUGACCUUUUAGACAUGCACACAGCUAUACCUUGGUCCCGGAGAUCAUAGUGUGUCUGUUCUCUAGCUGAUUUUACUUGCCUAAUCCUGAUUUGGGCACUGUUCAUUGAGCACACAGGAAAUGUUGAUUUUCCAAGGCCCUCAUUCUAUACAAAUGGUGCAGUCAAGGUGACAAGGGGAAAGGAAUUCUAAGAAUGAGGGGAUGAUUACUAGACUGGGGCUAGAACCACAAAGUGGCUGAGACUUUUUUGAAAAGCCAUAGUGUGGAUAGUGACAAAAAAAGCAUUAAUAUAAAUAUUCAAGAAAAAUAAAAUGUCAAGUUUUGAAAAACAACA